GCUGUCACUCACACACACACACACCUGCUUUCUCGCUCACUCUGACACAUCACACUCUUUCCUUUUAUUGAAACCUACUCCCUACUUAAAAUGCGCUAUAAAUAGGCUGCCAUGUAUUAAAUAUGACGUUUUGACUUCACUUGUAUAUGUUGUACUUCUGGAUGGAAUUGAUUGAGAGCCCAGCACAGUGCCAAAAGUAGGCUAGCCUUGUUCCAGACGUUUAGAUUUUAGGCCUCUGUUGAACAGAUGCAACAGUGGUUUGCCCCUUCAGAAAUAAAAAAACAAAGGCAAACCUACUGACUCAUAAUAUGACCUAAUUAUGUUACAACGAAACUUCUUGACAUUGACAUCCACUUCAGCUCUGCCUCUGCAUAAAAACGCCGGCGUGCACAGGUAUGCCGAUUGCAAUGUCGCGCCAAGUGGAUAGACGCACUUCUCUCUGUGAAAAUUUGCUCCAUAGGGUAUUCCAGCAGGCUGCAUCUUUGAACCUCUUGAUAUUAUAGGAAUUCAGUAUUUAUUCAGACCAUUAUAGUCUGAUUUUAUCAGUGAAGUUACUCUCAUCAAAUACAAUAAACGCAUGAAGAGGAACAACUUUACGCACAGCACAUCUGCUACCACAAUGAAGAUAAUUCUACUCGUUAUGGUAUUUUCCCUCGUUUUGGCAACUGUCCUCUGCCAAAAAAUCCAUUUUGAUGACAGUUGGAGAGAAGACAAUGAAACGAGCAAAUGGCCACAAUCUGAGCCAUAUAAAGAAAUCCUGAAAAGAAUGACUCGAAAACCUGAGUCACGCCAAUUCUUUGGUCUUAUGGGGAAAAUAGGUUCUGCGAAAUCCCAGGUAACAAGAAGAAGGCAGAAAUUUGAGUCUUUUGUUGGACUGAUGGGUAAAAGGAGCUCAGAGGAACAAGGUUCCUUCUAAUGGAUCUCAAAAGCAGCUACAUACAACUUUGCAUCAAAAGAACCAAGUGUGUACCAGGAUGCACUGAAAGUGUUUGCAUGAUUGUUUCAGUCAAGUGUGAUGUCCAAUAUUUUGAUAACAUUUUGCGUCAGCAAAUUAACAGUACUUGCAAAAAUUGCUUUAGAAAAUUGAGGAAAAUCCAUAUUACUGUGGUGUGAAAUAUGUCAAAUCUAUUCAGGCAUAUAACCUGUUAGUCCUCUGAAAACAUUCAUAUUAUGCAUGCAAUGUGGCAGAAUACUUACAUCAAAAGUAAAACAACUGAGAAAUGCAGAAAAAAGGAAACCCAUGUUGCCUUCUGGCGGAGAUAUGUAGACAAAGCAGAUUAAUACUCAACUACAGAGCAAAAUAAGUAACACAUUUAAACUGUUAAAAUUUCAGUAGGCCUACAUAAUAGGUAUUCUGAAUUUAGUAAUGCAGUAUCAACAUGCAUCUCUUAGCAGAAUUUAUUGCAUUGCAAGUCUAUCAUCACAUGUUUAUUAAGUGACUUUGUACAAUACAAAUAAAAAAUAAAAUAAAAAAUACAGAUGGAGUACAUAGCCAAAGCAAACUGUGGUGUUGACUUUCCUUUCCCACUUAAUCUGAUCACACGUAUGUGGAGUUACAGAAAUAUUCCUUUCAUUUUUUUUUUGCUCUUUGCACGACUACUGAAUGUAUUUUAAACAGUCAAUCCUCUUCAGAAACUGGUCAAAGCUUCAGAAGAAUUCUCGAACAUACAAAAAAGUAUUACUUUAGCUGGCUCGGUAUAUAUAAAAAUAAACUAACUGAAAUAUAACAUUUAUGAAGUUAAUUGUGGUCCAAGGAGGCUAGUGAAAUUUGCUAAAAACAGAAGAAAGCGUUACAUUUUGGAAAAAGCUUUAGCCAUAAAAAAGCCCAAGGUGCAUUUUAGCCUCUAGAUUUCCCAUUACUCCUGUUGAGACACUGAGACAGUUGUUUCGUGUUAGGCUACACUGAGACAGUUGUUUCGUGUUAGGCUACACUGAGACAGUUGUUUCGUGUUAGGCUACACUGAGACAGUUGUUUCGUGUUAGGCUACA